AUGUCAGCUCUCAGUAUCGUUACUCAUUGGAAACGAUUAGCUGUUUGUACCACAGAGGUCUUUGCCGCCUUACCUGAGCUCACUUUCUUUUUCUGUAUGGCUGAGCACGCGCAAAAAAUGGUUGUAGAUCCUGAGGGGGAUUCGGACGAAGAUCUCCACAAUCGUGAGCAACCACCGGAAGCAGUGCUUGAGCGUUGGAUAGUUGGAGAAGACAGCCUUCAUGAUUAA